CACACUACCACUAAACGCAACAACAGCUAACGAGAAACAAAGCAACCGAGUAAAGAAGAUGAGUACUCUGCUCUGCGGGAAGCUGGAGGCAUGUUUUGGGAUCUGCCUCCCGGCGAGUCAGCACCACGACAUCUUCAGCGGCAGGCCUCACCACGUCUGCAACAUGGCUCCGACCAAGAUCAAGAACUGUGCUCUCCACGAAGGCGACUUCGGCAAAAAGGGCUCCAUAGUUAUCUGGGACUAUGUUCAUGAUGAGGUUCACAAGGUGGCCAAGGAACUAGUCGAAGACAUCGAUGAUGCGAAUUUUUCGACCACUUUCAAGGUGGUCGAAGGCGAUCUUAUGAAGGAGUACAAGGAGUUCAAGAUUGUUGUCAAGGCAACUCCCGAAUCGGAGAACACUAGUCUCAUCCACUGGACUAUGGAGUACGAGAAGCUGAACGAGGAUGUCCCCGAGCCCUUCUCCCUUAUGAAAUUUGCUGUGCAUCUCAGCAAAGAUAUCGAUGAUCACCACACCAAAAAGUGAUCAACUCAUCGUAAUUCCCCCCCAUAACCAACCAUUUGUGAUUCGUACCCUUAAUAAUCUCUGUAACGUACAAGUGCAUGCAUACAGCAUUACUACUGCUGUAUCAAUCUAUCCUUGUUUACUAGCGAGGCGUUGUUGCGUUUGCUCGUUUAGUUUCACACCAUUUCGUGGUUUUGUUAUUUCCUCCUUAGUACCUUCGGGUUAUGUUAUGCCAUGAUGGAGCAAUAAAUAAUGAAAAUAAUUAUGGGGGAGUUUUACACAUCUUGUGAAUAAUGCUAUGUAACUAUUGGCCAUUGGGGCUAUUCGUUUUCCAACCAUUAAACCUUCCAAAUAGAGCUCAGAAUUGUGAACUCAAUUAUAAUAACGUCGAUGGAUGACUAAUGGUUAUGGAAAAGUGCUCAACUAAAUCUAGAUCCUUUGGUGCUAGUGAUGGAAAUGGGAUGGGUAGGACAUAUACCUUAAACACAUGGUAUUCGGACAUGGAGUUCAUAUACCUCUCUGCCAAUAAGCCUCAGAUACUAUAGCUCUCCCAAGAGAUGGCAACGCCUCUGGAGCUCAUACAUUGACCUAGAGUUCGACGAGUUGGAUUCACACAGUCAACAAAAUGGAAACGAAAUGAUUUUUUUUAACUUUCGAAAAAAUGAAAAAUGAAAAGAAAAUGGGCCAAUGAGGAAAUAACAUGCGGACGGGUAGCAGGAGCUGGCUGCUAUCUAGAUUGCAGCUAAGUAUUACCCGACAUUUAAUUAUUAAAUAAAAUGGCCUCAUGGGCUCAAAGUACCAAAUCAUCAAUCUUACAUUGCACACAUGAAUUAUCUAAUAAAUUGUGGUUAGUAUAUUACUACUAUCAUCUGUACAGUUAGUUUAGAUUAUAUUAUAUCCGUACCAUUAUUUUAUACUUUCAUACCACCAUGGUACAAUCUUAUGUACUAUCAAGCAUAUCACCAUAAUAUAGAUCGAUAAUAUAUGUCUCAAUUUUUUUCCUUCCAAAAUAUAUAAAACUGUAUGUCAUCAAUCAAUAUCAUUGAAUUGCAUGAUUGGUCACUUGAUUUAUCAAAUUGUUUCAUGUUUGCCGAUCAAAUUUUUUUUAGGGCACCCACCAUUCAAUUCCAUUAAAUUGAUUCUAGGUGGCAAUCAACUUUGACCAUUAAAUUGUUGGCGUGACAAUUUUAAAAACAAUACAAAAAAAAAUAGAUGACGUUAUUUUUGUUUUUCAUCGGCCUAGGCUAUUGUACAAAACUUUGUAAUACUACAAAACCCAAUCCAAAUGCCCUAAUUUGGGAAAGCAAGAUUCAAUAGUCCAUAUCAUAAAGAAUCAAGCAGGGAAAGUAGGAGAGAGGGAGAGACUGAACGGAUUUUAGGGCUGACCCGGCAGAUUUUGAGACUCCUGUUCAGACCUUUUUUCAAAUUUCCAAUGAAAAUUUAACGAACCAUAGCGCAUUUGUUUUACAUCAAUUGUAAAAAAAACUUUUGCGUAGAAUAUCAUAUUAUAUUAGCUCAUAUCACCUUCGUGACAUUCAUAUCAUUUUAUAUUAGUUCUAUGUCAUUCAUAUCAAGAUAAUAUCAGUUCAUAUCAAGAUCGUAUAAGUAAUAUACUAUUCAUAUCAAGAACAUAUCAGUUCAUAGCAUUCGUAACAAGAUCAUAUUAGUUCACAUUAUUUUCAUAUCGAGUCAUAUGAGUUCAUAUAGGCUCAUUUCAAUAUCAUAUAAGCACAUAUCAAGUUCAUGUCAUUCACAUCAAGUUCGUAUCAGUCUAUAUCAUUCAUAGGAAGAUCAUAUCAUUUAUAUCAAGAUCAUAACAGUUUAUAUCAAUAUCAUAUAAAGUACAUAUCUAUUAAUAUCAUUUCAUUUAAAAGUUAUCACUAUGUAUAAUUGAUAUAUUAGUGUUAUACUACAACCAACAUGUGUUUUGAAAAGUUUUUCCUCUUUUCUCAAAAUAUAGAAGAAAUGCAUAACAAUGUGUAGAUCAUAAUUAAUGCGCUUUAUCAAU